AUGCUGCUGUCGAAAGCAGAGUUGAACGAGUCUGCGCAAACUCAUCCUGAGGUCGCCGCCUUUCAAGCAAAGUACCCACAGCCUCCACCAAGCACAGAUCCAUUGGCUGCCCGCAGAGCCCUCCGUGGGUUUAUCGAAGCCAACGUGAAAAGGCUAGGUCCUGCUCCAAGCGAUUGCGAGGAAUUCUAUCACGAUGUCGAGAUGAGGGACGGGUUCCGGAGCUCAGCAAAAAUAUGCAAACCCGCAAAGGCCCAACCUGGUCCUCUGAUCGUGCUACUGUUUGGCGGAGGUUUCAUCGGAGGUGACAACGACCAGCUUACGGAGACAGCGCGGAUAUGUGUCAGGUCGUUCGGCGCGACUGUGGUCAACAUCAGCUAUCGAUGUGGACCAGAGUAUAAAUUUCCAUUCGCCCAGCACGAUGCGUGGGACAACUUAUAUUGGAUCGCGGAGAAUGCCACGACACCGCUUCUCGCAGCUGAUCCAACGAAGGGCUUCAUCAUCGGCGGCGUCUCUGCCGGAGCUGCAAUUGCUGCUGCACUAUCUCGAAAAUUUCAAGAAGAAAGUCUGGCAUAUCCACUGACUGGUCAGUGGCUCGCGGCGCCAUCACUCAUGCAUAGCGGUUGCUGUCCACCAGAGUACAAGUCGCGGUACAUCUCUUUAGAGCAGAACUCGUCGGCAUCAUCGUCUUUGGCGAAAGAGUCUUUGAGAAUGAUGAUGGAUGCCGUGCAGUGGGAUCGAGACUCAGAUUUGAGGUACGCAGCAAACUCGAAGACACCACUCGCUGGACAGCCAAGGACAUUUCUUCAGGUGUGUGGCCAAGACCCAUUGCGUGACGACGGGCUCAUCUAUGAAGAGAUGCUCAAGAAUGCCAGCGUCCCGACCAAGCUGGACCUGUAUCCGGGAUGUCCGCACGCGCAUUGGGCGUCCAUGAGGGGGCUGACCGUGGCGAAUCGCGCUUUAAUCGACACAAUCGUUGGUAUAGGAUGGCUGUUGGGCACGAAAGUGGCUCGACCAACGGCAGCAGAGGCCUGGAAGGUUGCGUUGGCGUAG